AUGGCGGUGAGCUGCCCCGAGGUGAUGUACGGCGCCUACUACCCCUACCUGUACGGGCGCGGGGCCGCGCGCUCUUUCCACCACGCGCCGCACUUUCAGUAUGAUCGGUUUAACGUGCAGAGUGGCAGCAAUGCAGGUAGCGAGGCUUACGGAGCCGGCGGCGGGGGCGGCGCCGCGCUCAGCUCGGGCUCCGCAUCGUCGGGGGCGCAGUCUCCGGGCGCCGGCUCUCCGCCGCACGCGCAUCACGCCCACCACGCCCCUCGGCUGCGAGCCAAGGAGGAGGAUCUAUCGGCCCAUGGCCGCGCCAGCGCUGAUGGCGGCGGAUCCUCGGAGUCGGAGGGCGAGAGCGGCGCGGGCGGCGCGGUGCGUGCGCGCGCGCAGUAUGUCAGCGCCAACUGCGUGGUGUUCACGCACUACUCCGGAGACGUCGCUGCAGUUGUUGACGAGCACUUCACCAGGGCUCUCGCCCUUGAUAAGCCUAAAGAGGGCGUCCCCAUGGUGUCCCGCAACCUGCCGGCGUCAUUCUUCAACGCGGCGGCGGCGGCCGGCGUGGCGGCGGGCGGCGCGUGCGCAGGCGUCGACAUCUACGACUACGACCCUUGGCACCAGCACUACACUGGGUACGGCCACGCGGCCCACCGUCACGCGGCGGAGUACCACGCGGCGGCGACGGCGCACCACAACAUGGCGGCGGCGGGCUACGGCGUCGGCGGGCUGCUGCUCGGCCGCUCCUCGCUGACGCAGUACAAGCCGGUCGAGUGGCCCGCGCAUGCGCACCAUCCACACCACGCACACCAUGCGCACGCGCAACAUCAUCCUUCGCACCAUCUCGACCCGGCCGCCUGCUCGCCGUACUCCUACCCGCCUGUGCCAGGUCUGGAGGCGCAGGUGCAAGACACUUCCAAGGACCUGUACUGGUUCUGA